UACUACAUUAAGAACACCCAUUUCUUGCUUCAUUUACUGUCACAAAUUAACUCUUUAACCUUCUCAUUUGAUAUCACCUGUAUAGAUUUUCUGAAAUUAGUUGAGAAUAACUAAGUUCGUUUUUUAUUGUGUAGUUUGUCCCAUUAAUGGCUGUGGUUGUGGAUCAACAGCCUAAAUUUAAACAUUUUUGUAGGAUUUGCAAGAAAGGGUUCGGUUGUGGAAGAGCAUUAGGUGGUCAUAUGAGAGCUCAUGGAAUCGGAGACGAGAAUAUUAUCUUAGACGACGAAGAUACAUCAAACGACACAGACGAUAACGAGGAUCAGCAUCAUCCACCAAGUAAUAAGCGUAUGUACGCCUUACGAACAAAUCCAAAUCGGUUCAAGAAUUGUCGAAUUUGUGAGAAUUGUGGAAUGGAGUUCUCGUCGUGGAAAGCUUUUCUUGAGCACGGGAAAUGUAGUUCAUCGAGAGGGUACGGUGAAGAGCUUAAUAAUCAUGUAAUAACACCUCAAGUAUCAGAUGAUGAGGACGGGGUGGCACGUACAUGGUCCAAAGGAAUCCGGUCUAGACGAGCAAAAGUAGGAUUUAAUUCGAAUAACAUGAUGAACUGCCCAUCAACAGAAGAAGAAGACCUUGCAAACUGUUUAGUUUUACUAUCAAGUGCACGGGUUGAUCAUCCCAUCUUCAUAGCCGAAACGGAAGAAUCUUGUGCUUCGGCUAGUAAAGAAGAGAACAAAAGGCGCAAACCAAAUGGUUUGUACAUGUCAUCAGGAACUGAUCAUUAUAAUAGUCAUCAUCAACUACUACUACAAAGCAGCUAUGACCAUAAUAACAAUAAUAAAGCUAAGGGACUAUCAUCUAAAGGGUUGUUUGAAUGUAAAGCAUGUAAGAAAGUGUUCAAUUCUCAUCAAGCGUUAGGAGGGCAUAGAGCAAGUCACAAGAAAGUUAAAGGCUGUUUUGCUGCUAAAAAUGAAAUGCAUCAACAACAGCAAUACCAAAACGAUGAUCAAAGUAUCUUAAUGGACGAAGAUGUAAUCACAAACGAUGAGUUUCUUGUCUCGCCUAAAUCAACUACGAAUGUUAAUCAAUCGUUUGAGCGUGAAAGUUCCGGUGGUAGCCCAUCUCCGAUGACAUCAAAGAGGAAAUCCAAAGUGCAUGAGUGUUCCAUAUGUCAUCGAGUUUUCUCGUCUGGACAAGCUUUAGGUGGACACAAAAGAUGUCACUGGGUUACUUCCAACUCCCCGGAUAACACAUCUAUUUCAAUUUCCUUUCAUCACCAACAACAACUCAAAGAUAGAAACCAAAAUUUCCAUGAUUUUCAUAAACGGUCAUCAUCGUCUUCUCAAUUCUAUAAUACUAAGCAGAUUGCGUCAGAAGAUUUGCAGUUAUCAAUACUUGAUCUUAAUCUACCUGCGCCACCAUCCAUGGGUAAGGGUGAGAACAACAAGUUAGGAUUUGAAGUUCCAUGGAUAGGUCUGUCUACUAAUAACAAUGCCAUCGAAGACAACGCAGAUGGACAAAUUCCAGAAAUGAGAAAGACUGAUGAUGAAAAUGACGAGGAACAAAAUCAAAAUAAUAAUGUGAAGUUAGCAAAGUUAAGUGAUCUAAAGGAUAUGAAGAUGGGAGACAAUGGUUCUUCCUCACCGUGGUUGCAGGUAGGAAUUGGUUCAUCAACUACUGAUAAUAAUGUGUAGGAGUUAAUCAAGCGUUUCGGUUUAUUUAAACAGAAGUUCGACUAUUAAUUAGAAUCUAAAGAGUACAUAGUUAUUGUAAGUACUUAGUUAACCUACAGCACUACGUACCUUGAUUGAUCCUUUGUUACUAUUUUGUCUUGAAUCCAUUUUGUAUGUACAAUUUUUAUUUUUUUUGUAAAACUUGAAUUUUUAAUCCAUUAAUUUGUAUAUGGACACAAACAUCUAAAAUGUGCCCAUGCCAAUCACCUAAGUACAGGAUUUGAUGCUGAAUAACCCAAAGAGAUGGGACGAAAUCAAACCGCAACAGCUGCUUCACCAGAUUCUGGAAAUUCUGGAAAGAGAUGUCCAUCAUAAAAGAGGCGCUUUACUAAAUAAAUUGUGGCUACUCCUAGUCUCCUACUGAGCAGGACUUGCUGGACUCUCAAUGUACUCAAUGGUCCCCGACCACUGAAAAUAAAAUCAAAGUAAAUUUUGACAGUGCCGCUGGGAAUAAAGGCUUUGUGCUGGGAUAGCCACAGACAGUACGCUUAGAUUUCAAGGUGGUCAGACUAAAGAGUCAAGUUUCAUAUCUCCCAUUGAAGCUGAGGCAUAUGGUGCAUUAUUAGGAGGUAUUGAGAUCGCUAUCAGCAAAGGGUUCAGAGACAUCAUUCUGGAAGGCGAUUCUUUAACUGUCAUCAAUGUUUUGAAGGUUAAUCAUUCAAGUUUUCCUUGGGCGUAUUAAGGAUUCCAUCAAUAGAAUUAGGGAAAAGAUUGGUAUGUUCAAUUCUGUUGAGUUUAGCUUUGUCAACAAGGAAGCCAAAGUCAUGGCUUAUUCCUUAACAGCUUAUCCUAUUUCUACUCGCUCUAAUGUAGUG